AUGAGCGGUCCAGGAUUUGUAGGUAUCAAGUUCUGUCCUGAAUGGUUCGUUUUUGGACUGUUCUGUUUGAACUUUCAAUUAUUUAAGUAACAACAUGCUGUACCCGCGCGAAGACAAGGAAAGCCGCGUUCUGAUGUACGCUUGUCGUAACUGCGAACAUCGUCAGGUUGGUUUCUAUCUUCCUUUUCCAAUUGUUUGUAUAAAUAAUCUCUUUCAGUUGGCCGAUAACCCCUGUAUUUACGUCAAUAAGCUGAUGCACGAAGUCGAGUGAGUUUUUUUGAUUGUCAAAAUUGUUGAGAGUCUGGCUGAAAAGGCUCGAUCUCUUUAUCUUUUGUGUACUUCGGCAAACCUUGAUAUUUUCUUCUUUUUUUCUUUUUUUGUAGUAUUCAUAAAACAUCUUUCAGGGAUUAUCAUUCUUCGGGUUUAUGAUUAAUAAUAAUAAUUUAUUCAUACGAAAAUGGUUUUUAUUAGCAUUUUAGAUUUUUUCGAUUUUCCUUCUAUCCGGGGCUUCUCUAAGGAAGUUCUCUAAUGAAAACUUUUGCAGGAUAAAUAAAAAACCAGCCUUAUUUUCUUGAAUGUCAAGUACAACAAUAAUAGGUUGUGUUGGAGAGAAAGUUUUUUUGAUACGUAUACAAACCUCAGCAAACAUUGUACUGAUUGCAGCGAACUGACGCAGAUCGUGGCGGACGUGAUCCACGACCCGACUUUGCCGAAAACGGAGGACCAUCCGUGUCCCAAGUGCACUCAUCCAGUUUCUGUCUUUUUCCAGGCGCAAACUCGCAGGGCUGAGGUCCUUUUUUCCCAGAAAUAUUAAAUAAAAAUAAAAGUAAUACUUUCACAGUUACGGAAAAAAAAAAAGAAUUUUGAAGGAGUUUUCGAAUCGUUUCAAUCGAAUUUCCUUGUUAAUGCAAUGUUUGCAGGAAGAAAUGAGGCUGUACUACGUGUGCGCGAACAUGAGCUGUCAACACAGAUGGACCGAGUAA